GAACGUGCAGAAAGGUAGAAGGGUAGCUAUGUAAAUUCGUGUGCAAAAUCCCUCUCGUCUCUCUAGCGAGUGACGACCAAGAAACGCGGCGAAGUAGCUAUCGCCGGCGGGGAGAGCGCCGUCAGGGAAGGGGGUGAAGGUGGUGGAGCCGCUCAGAUAAUCUGGAGGACUCUCCUCCGCCGAAUCCAAGAACCAUGGCCUCUGCGCUGGCGUCCUCAUCCCAUUGGCCGCCGCGCCUGCGGCCGGCAGCGAGUGGGACGGGGUCCUCGUGGACAUGCACGGUGAGGAGCGGCACCCCCACCCGAGAGCAUGCUGGAGAAGGUCGUCGGGAGGACGGGGGAUGCGGUGGAUGCCGGCCGGCCAUCAGCCGAUCUGGUACGGCAAAUACCAAUCCUACUGACCUGUAGACUGAUCACUAGUCACACAGUACGUAUUGAUUGCCAAUUUGUCAACAGUGAAACAAUGUUUUUUUUGUUGAUCACAGACUGAAACAGUUGACAAUCAAAUUAUUCAACCUCGGGGUUGUUCAAACCAAGCCGACUAAUUAAUUAUUCGCAUCUUGACUUUUCCUAGCCAGAGGUGCUGAAUCUCUGUUGGCCUUUCUCUGUGUCGUCUGUUUGUGUUGAGGGAUUUGAUUUUUUAACACUCAAAUUGAUGUUCUAUUAUUUGAUGUCCUGGCUCACCGUCAUUGAUUCACAUGGUCCAACAUGUUAUAUUCCAGUGUCAACAUAAAUAAUUGGCCAACGAAGAAAAUGCCAUCGAUGGUUCUUGAUAGUCAAAGGCUGAGAUAAUCGUCACAUAUUAGAGAGGGUUGAAUGGAGGACUUCAGAGCUAGCUACAACUUGUUCUUCAGUGGAGAUUCUUCAGGGCACCAAACAGUUUUUCCCCAUAAGAACUGAAAACUGUCAAUAUUUCGCAUGUUAUUACAAAUGGAUGAAAUAUUGCUGCAUCAUGGACUAUGAUGCUACAUGCAUAGUUGGAAACAAACUUUGCGCGAUGGUUUAUAUCAAAAUCUUGAUACUUUUCUUUGUCGGAUCUCACCAACACCAAGAAAAAGUUAUCCUUGAUUGAUACUCAUGGUACCAAUAGCCAGGGAAGGAUCUUCUUGAUUGACCAUGAAGCAAUUUAACUCGUUGGUAGCUAUCCUUUGCAUGUUUGCCUUCCAUGUUGUUCCAACUGCAGUUGCCCAGCUCCCAAGUGCAGCUCCCGCAAAUAUAUGGAGAAUGUCCGAUUUGCCAACACUACACCUUCGUGGAAACUCCAGUAUACUCCUUGUCCUCAGCAACAUCAAUGCCUCAUAUAGAACCGACUUUGGAUUCUACACCAGUGAUGGGCAUUCAUUUGUUCUCUCUGUCUUUUAUCUUCAAUUGGAGACAGUAAUCUGGUCUGCAAACCCUGACAACCCUGUCAAUUACAGUGCCGUAUUGAACUUCACAAGAGAUGGUGAUUUACUCCUCUCUCACAGCAAUGGCAGCGUGAUCUGGUCCACAGCCACAAAAGGCAAGCAGGUGGCUACUUUGAGCCUCGAAGCUCUAGGAAAUCUUGUGUUGUCGGAUAAGACGAACACCUAUGUCUGGCAGUCGUUUGAUCACCCGACAGAUACUCUGGUGUUGGGACAAUCACUUUGUUUUGGAAUGCGCCUGACAGCAAUACCAUCAGCCAAAAAGUGGGAAUCAGCCCGAAUAUAUCUUUCUGCAGACUUAGGAGGCCUACGGUAUUCUUUUGAACCAGCUGCCUAUUCGAAGUUGUUCCAACCAACAGUUGUCGGAAAUUCAACAUCAAUCUGUUAUAGUUUUGUCAAUGGCAGCCUUGGGUUCCCAAAUCAGAUCAUUGCACUGCCACCAACAAGGUCACUUCAAUUGAUGCGGUUAGAGUCUGAUGGGCAUUUGAGGCUUUAUGAGAUCCUAGUGCCCUACCCAAACUCAAUGCAGCUAGUGUUUGAUGUAUUAAGCACAGUAAUGGACUACUGUGAUUACCCUUUAGCCUGUGGUGAUUAUGGGGUUUGCAGUAAUGGGCAAUGCUCCUGUCCUAGCCUGAGCUAUUUUAGAUUCAAAAAUGAACGGCAUCCAGAAGAUGGAUGCAUACCAUUAACCAGCAUCUCCUGCAACCGUCAGGGUGACCAUCAGUUGCAACCACUGAAUGAUGUUUCUUACCCCAGAGGCACCGUAUUCCAAUCAUUAGCCACCGCAAGUCAAUCAGAAAACAUCUGCAAGUUAGCUUGCUUAAGGGAUUGCUCUUGUAGAGUUGCUCUUUUCCAGCGUGAUGGUUAUAAUGAUAGCGGUUCCUGCUUGUUGCUGUCAGAGAAAAAGUUAAUGCUGCUAGUAGAAGGUUCACCGGAUCACUCUUCAGCAUUUAUCAAGAUACAAGGUGAUCGAUCAAAGAAUACGAAGAUUACAGCUGUAGUUAGCAGUGUUGUUGCAUUUCUAUCUCUAGUUUUAAUCAUAAUCCCUGCUGUCAUAUGGAGAACAAAGAAGAAAGCGGAUGAAGAAAGCUUUAUUUUCAUACCUGGAGCACCAAAAAGGUUCUCCUAUGAUGAGCUGAAGGUAGCUACCAGAAAGUUUUCAGCUAAACUUGGAGCAGGUGGCUUUGGUUCUGUCUUCAAAGGCAAGAUAGGCAAGGAAAUUAUCGCGGUCAAAUGUUUGGAAGGUGUUGAGCAAGGAAUGGAGGAGUUUUUAGCAGAGGUCAAGACGAUUGGCAGAAUCCAUCACCUCAACCUUGUCAGCUUAAUAGGAUUUUGUUCAGAGAAAUCACACAGGCUCCUUGUCUAUGAGUACAUGAGCAAUGGUUCAUUGGAUAAAUGGAUCUUUCACACAAGCCCAGUUUUCACCCUUUCCUGGAAAACUAGACGCAACAUUAUUAUGGCUAUUGCAAGGGGUUUGUCGUACCUCCAUGAGGAAUGCAAGGAAAAGAUUGCCCAUUUGGAUAUCAAACCACAAAACAUUCUGCUUGAUGACAAGUUCAAUGCAAAGCUCUCAGAUUUUGGACUUUCCAAACAGAUAAACAGGGACCAGAGCAAGAUAAUGACCCGAAUGCGUGGGACCCGUGGAUAUCUAGCACCUGAAUGGCUGGGCUCAAGAAUCACUGAGAAGGCUGACACCUACAGCUUUGGGAUCGUCAUGACUGAAAUCAUCUGCGGCCGAAAAAAUCUGGAUGAAUCACAACCCGAAGAGAGCAUUCACCUGGUGAGCUUGCUCCAAGAGAAGGCAAGGUCUGGUCAGCUGUUUGAUCUAGUGGAUAAUGGUAGCGACGAUAUGCAAUGCCACAUAGAAGAGGUCAUGGAAAUGAUGAAUCUUGCGAUGUGGUGCUUACAGGUUGACAGCACCAGGAGACCCUUGAUGUCAACAGUAGCCAAGGUUUUGGAAGGUGCAAUGAAUAUGGAGGACAUGCCUGACUACAGCUUUGUCCCUGAUUAUGUAUCAAAUCAUACCAAUAUUGCAGGUUCAAACUCCUGUUAUAAGCCUACCGAGUCCCAUUUAUCAGGACCUAGGUAAUAUGUACAUGUACUUGUCUAAUUUUGCUUCGCACUAUCAGCAUUCAGUAUUCUCUUGUGGUAACUCAUCUAAUGUAAAAUUGUAUGCUUAUUGCGAAUAAGGCAUGGACAGUAAAUUGCCUGUUAUUUGCCACUUACCCCAAUAGUAAUUGACACGAAUGUAUCAGUUUAUGCAUUGUCAAAGACUAGUGAUAUUAUGUGCACCAUGUGCACUCUGGUUG